AUGUUCUUCGAAUUUAACAUGAAGUCUGUUAAUUGGAGCCCAGAUCUCGUAGUCGUGUGGGGAGAAGGAGAAGGAGAAGAAGAAGAAGUUGGAGAAGAAGAAAGUGAAGAAGGCGAAAGUGGAGAAGAAGGAGAAGAAAAAGGAGAAGAAGGAAAAGAAGGCAAAGAAGGAAAAAAAGAAGAAGGAGAAGGAAAGAGAAGAGAAGAAAAGAAACAAAAUGAGAAGUCGGAUCUGAACGCGAUGGUCGAAUAUGCCUUUGAGCAAGUACGUGUUCCAACUGCACUAGGAGAUCUCUUUUCAAUGAGCUAUCGAGGAGGAGUAUUCCGUCCCAUCUACGAAGAAACGGUCAACUCUCUUAACAAGAUGCCAAUAGACAAGUUGUUCGACGAAGAUGUCAGCGGGAUUCCACUCCUGGCAGUUCCCAACGACGACAACACGCGAUACGUUAUCUUGGAAGGAGUGCAUCGCUUCGCUUCGCUGUUAUCGCGAUCUCUCACUGAAGAAGAGAAGAACAUUGAAAUAAAACUCGACGUGAUCUAUGUGGGAGAGAGGAACUUCGAGGGUCUUCUACGAUACCGAUAA